CAACACUUUAUCUGCUGGUAUUUGUUCUGGGGAAAAAAACUGUUCCCUGAAAUCAGUGUACCGGUAAAGACUUGAAUUCCUACUAAAUGUUUCUCACUGGCUCUAGAAAAUUACAAGGAAUGACCACGUAUGACUUAUUUUUUAGUCCAGCAGCUGAAUCACGGAAACUAAAGGAACAAUUAGUUUGAAGUUUCAAGAUAUUCUUUUCCUUUCACUGUGAGGUCCCAAACAUCAUGCCAACCACAUUCCUAUACUGCCUUUCUUAACUUGUAUUGUUUUGUAAAGUCUGCGUUACUAAGUCUAUGUUGUUGACAAACAGUGAACGGAGAGGAGGAAAAACAACUGUGCUCUAGUUUGGCUCUUUCAGAGGAGCCGUGUAAACACUGUAAACCAGAGGACAGGAAUCUAAUUAAAAUACCAUCACUUUACAUAAAAGAGCGCUGGUACAGUAUAUUCAACUGUUAAAAGGUUUUGUCUUUGUAAAUUGCACAGGGGGGUUGUUGGUUUUUUCCCUCUUAAUAUACACUCGGUAAUUAAAUUUCUGCUCCACUGGCCUUUCGAUAAAGAGAUACAGUAAGUUUCUAACACCUUUAUUUUAGUGCGUACCUGUAAGCCACCACUUUAGUAGUGCCUGUGGAGUUUAGUUAACACAACCUGUUAGUACUACAGUACAUCCGCAACCCAUACGUUAUUUAUGAAUCAUGCAGUAAUUUUAAAUCGCGAUACCCUGUAUUGAUUGUGCUUUAGUGAUAAAAGGCAAAACGUCGCUCGCUAGCCAUUAUACAGACGAUGUUGCUCAUCUCAGCGCAUAAAAAACAUUGACACAUGGCACUACUAACAUUACGUGCCAGCCAAAGGUUCUGUCACAGAGCUGUAAUAAGAAUGAUCAGUCAUAGAAAAAGGUGUCUCUCGGGACAGCUGCUUGAGAACAGGAAGCAAAUGUAUGUAUCAUCAAUGACGCAUCGUGUAAUAAUGUAAAGCUUUCGGUUUGUUUACACGCUACCUGUUAACAAAAUUAUUCGGGUUUUAUUUUAGCUAUUAAAGUAUUAAGGUUCAGCAAGUCCAAAUGGGAAUCUCGUGUGCUCCAUACAGGUGUACCUAACACGUUUUUACAUUUGGAGAUCUGUCCUGCGGAAAACUGUUCAAGAGCGUCUAGCGACAAAAUGUUGUUAUCGUUUUUGAAAUUGUUCGGAUGGCCAAAACAGUACCUGUCGCGCGAAGGUUUCACUUUUUAUUUUUGAGCUCCUUAACUCGUUCAUUCUGAGUCAUUCGCAGGCACCGAUCUCAGGCGACGCCUUGCAAGUGUGCGCUGAAGUUCACAAGUGACGGCAUGACUUUUGGGAUUGUCCAAUUCUUUUACCUGGAGCAAGACAAAGCACGGGUCCCGGAUCGUAAAUUGAUCAAUGUUCUAGAAGUGUUACGUGUCGCAUUAUCUACGCAUUACUCUAGAUUCUUGGUCUGUUAAUGCCAAUCCUAAAGUUACAGUUUAAGCUAAUCGAUCGUUUUUUGGAGUGCAACAGAAGAGUUAAGUGGUAGAAACUCUUCUUUUCCUUGACGCUUGCUUCCGGGUACUGGGCGAAAUUCCUCAAGUUUUAGACAGAAGUGAAACAUGAGCGACGAAUUAAUAGAAAUGGACAAAGUGGAACCGAGAGGAAGCAGCGAUUCUUUACACUUGAAACACCGGGCGACGUCAGGAAAUGGGACGCAAGGAAACACUGAAUCCGAUGACGCCACAGAAAUCAGUCCUUUGGUCCAGGAUGGGAUCAGCCAGAUCGAACAGGGUGGCGCAAGAAAUGGGGACCAGUUUUCUUCAGAGACUACCGGAAUUGAAGCUAUAGAAACUAUUACUUCAGAGGAUGGUAGCCUACAAAAUGAGCAGAAAAGAAGGUCAUGGCGCCAGCUACUGGAUAAACCUGUCUUCUGGAAGUGCAAACUGUGGAUGGUCAUUUUGCUGGUUUUCAUAGUACUAGCUACUACUUUUGCACUAAGCCUUGUGCUUUAUUCAGUUGUCUAUGAGGAUGAAGAUGAAAAAUUCAACCUGGAGUCAUUUGUGGUGCCUCUGUGUUAUAAUGGGACUCUUAGACUGGUCAACAACACUUUUGCAGAUUCUGAGCAGCAUCAGGCAUUAUCAAGAGUCCUUGAAGAAAAACUUUCAGGAUUAUACAGCUCUUCUCCAGCUCUGGGGCGAUACUUUUCUAAUGUUACCAUUCACAACUUUAGUAAUAACAGUGUCUCUACAUCUUACUGGCUGAGAUUCAUGGUCCCCCGAGAGCACAGCCAGCUUGUUCGAUACACACUGAGUGAGGAGGUGGUACUCAACAUUUUCCGACAGUAUGUGUAUGAUCAAGAACCGGAAGUGGAAGAACGCUUAAAGAUUGACCCGUUAUCUCUAACUCUAAAAGCAUCAGAGGUUUGUUUUCCCAGGACAGGCUCUGUUUUGUCCCUUCAAAACAACAAUCCGGGAAACUCCGAAGGUCAGUGACCUGGUUGCCAAAGGGUAUCAAAACAUGAAGUGAGAUUAAAUCUUGCAGCUGGUUUCACAAUUUAAACUGUGCGGAUUGUGGAGCUGUGAAGAUUUCCUUCUAAGUGGUGCUCUUUAAUCUAAAGCCAGGGUGCUAGGAAGAGAAGUGUUUCACUACAGUUCUUCAACACUGGUGUCUACAGGAAUCAGUGCCACCUGGGACAUCUUCAAAGUCUAAACUGAUCCAUUGCUGUGAGACUGGUAAAAGUUAAGAUUGUUCUUCACAAUUGUUUUAUUCACAAAACCUUCACAAUGCCGUCUGAAGCCUUCAGAUGGCUUAUGAGACAGAAGAAAUAAAUCCAGAACAGAAACUGCACCAUUAAUCAAAGGAGAAAAGGUACUGAGAGAAGUGGAGUGGUUUGUAUUUCAUCCAACCAUGCACGAUUGUAUAGUCUGUCUGGACUUAUAAACAGGAAGAUGGAAUCUCAGGUCAGUUUAAACUCUAAAAGAGGUUGUUCCCAGGCAGAAGAAGUACAUUUCUAGUACCUCAACACAUCAUUGCUUAACAAAGCUCUAGGUAUAAGCUGAUUGUUAAACAAUACGUAAAAUACAUUGAGAAAGUUGUUUAUAAAAUGUUUUCUACUUUCUAACCGGAUUUCUACUAUAUUCAUUAACGGAAUUACUUGACAUGUGAACAUUUUUUAAUUUUAGUAUGCAUAUUUUUUUACAUACCGAGUAUUAAAAAGUAGAUUAUACCUUAAAUCAAUAAAUUUCUGUUUCUGGUUGAUCAAAUUGUCAUAAAUAGAUUUUUAUUUAUUUUUUUGUAUAAAAGUGAAGAGUGGGUGUGAUCUAACUGGAAUGUUAAAAAUGUCCACUAGGUGGGGUAUGACUAAGGGUAUACAGAAUUUUGUAACAGUCCAUUGCAUAAUGUUCCAGUGUACCUUAAUUGAAAACAUACUGUUAGACUUCGAAAAGAAGAUCAAACACGGUUCUGAUUAAUCAAAUUGUGAUUUCUUUAUUGCAAUAAAGAAAGGAGGACAGACUAAGUUAACAGGUUUAAGCUGGUCUCGCACUUGCUUUUUCAAACAGAACAGCAGGCUUUUAUUCUUGAAGAUGAACAAAAGUUCCAUACAAAAACAUACAUUUUUAUGAUUUGCUCAGUAACAGUUUGUUGCCUUAUGAGGCAUAAACAAGAUCAAAGAGUCAGUUGGAUCAGUAAUAGCACAGCAAUAAUCCAAGACCCCUGUUUCCUUCAUGUUGCUAAACCUGAGCGUAGGAUACAUGAAUUAUAUCUCCAUUUGAGAGACCUUGGCUCACAGGAAUGUGCAAAACAAUAAAACAAUUCUUAAAUUCUUCGUUGUUAACUCAUAACAAGGCAUAGGUUCCUUCAAUACCAAUACACAUUUUUCUAUCUGGGAUAGAGACAACUGAAUGUUAUCUGGACAGUGUCAAUAGGUAGUUAUGACAAGUUUUACAACUGUACAAACAGCCAAACUCUGCCACACCUAAGUAGGUUCUUAUUUAGCUUAAUUAUGCUGGGCACCUGUGAACCUACAGAACCAAUAGUGAAACUGUGUCAGUCCUGCUUGUAUUCCUUCUGAUUUCAUAUUUAAAAAAAAGAUUGUAACAACGUCAAUGCAUAGUUGAGAUGAUGUCUGUGAAUGUAACAGGGCUCUUUGGAACUGAGUGUUAUAGAAGGCAGUGUCACUCCAUUGGAACCUGGCUAGUGCUCAAUUCUUCCUCAGUCAUUUGGCUAAGUUAGCUCACCAAAGCAAUCAACCCACAAUUCAGUGCAUUUGCUAAAUGGUGUUAAUGUAUGCAUUACUUGAAAAACAAACUACUUUUGUAGUGUCCUUCAGAUUGUUUGUGAGAGUGUGAGACAGUAUAAACCUAUGAAGUGCUUUAGUAAAGGCUGAGAUAACUUCUGUUCAGGUGUUAAAAUGUACAAAUUGUGCUAUGUUGUCAUAUUACAUACAUAUAUGCUGUAUUGUGCCUCCAAAGAAAUUUACCAAUCUGUUGAUGGAUAUGUUUGUACAAAAUAAAAGCAAAUUUGGAUAUUG